GCGCGUUCCUCUUGCUCCCCUCUUCCCAGUCCAAGCCUGGUCUAUUCGCUGACUCAGUGCCUUAAGUAGCAUCACGGUUCAUCGGAACAGAGCUUCAGCAUCCUCUGCAGAGAAAUACAUCAGCCAUGGCUAAAACUGUAACCGCAUACAAAGAGAAGAUGAAGGAGUUGUCCGUCCUCUCUCUCAUCUGUUCCUGCUUCUACCCAGAGACUCGCAACAAGCUCGUUUGUGAGUUUGAAGACAUGGAAGUUAAACCUAUAGACAAACGGGCCUCAGGGCAAGCCUUUGAGGUCAUUCUCAAGCCCCAGUCUCCGGUGUCAGACAUUGCCCACAACCUUCCCUCUCCCCCAAAGAGGGAUCUCUCCCUGGAGGAGAUUGAGAAGAAACUGGAGGCAGCUGAAGAGCGAAGGAAGUACCAAGAGUCUCAGGUGCUGAAGGCUUUGGCGGAAAAGCGGGAGCACGAAAGGGACGUGUUGCUAAAGGCCAUGGAGGAGAACAGCAACUUUAGCAAGAUGGCUGAGGAAAAGCUCCAGCUGAAGAUGGAACAGAUUAAGGAGAAUCGCGAGGCCCAGCUGGCAGCCAUGAUGGAGCGCCUCCAGGAGAAGGAGAAGCAUGCCGCAGCUGUGCGCAGGAACAAAGAGCUGCUGAGGGAAGAGCAGCUAGCAUGAGCUUCACACAAUUCCUGUGGUCCGUCUGUCGAACCAUCCAUCCAUCCCUGGCCCGCCCUCAACCUCCAAAACAGACACUCUGCCCUGAAGGCUGAGAGGCUCAAGAAACUCACCACCACAGCACUGCACACCUUGUCACAACUAUCCACAAUCCUCAGUAUUAUCAAUGAUACAGACAUCUAUGACACUCCUUUUACAACCGAAUAGAUUUGUUGAUGAUUUAGCGAAAGCGCAACCAUUUGACUUUUAUUUUGUAAAUCUAUCUAUCUAUCUAUCUAUCUAUCUAUCUAUCUAUCUAUCUAUCUAUCUAUCUAUCUAUCUAUCUAUCUAUCUAUCUAUCUAUCUAUCUAUCUAUCUAUCUAUCUAGCAAGCAAGCUAUCUAUCUAGCAAGCUAUCUAGCAAGCAAGCUACAUGGCAAGCUAUCUAGAACUAGAUAGAUAGGUGGCAGGUUAGCUAUCUGUUUAGCUAGCUAGCCAGAUAGCUUCUUGCCUCGCUUUCCCUCUCUCUGUGUUUUGCUGUCUUGCUAGCUAGCUAGAUAAAUAGACUGAAAACUAGUUAGCUAAAUUUCUUGAUUGCCAACAUUCUAUCAAUAUAGCUAGUUAGUUAGAUAAAUAGAUACUGUAGAAAGCUUGUUAUCAAUCUUUUUAAUAGCGAACAUUUUAUUUAUUUAUUUAGCUAGCGCUCUGUUUUUUUGUCAGUUACUGUUUAUGUUCUUCAAGUUUUACGCCACAGCUCUUAUCAUUUGAAAGGCCUCAGUGUUGGGAGUUGGAAGAAGAUGGAGGAUUCUCAGUGUUUUCUGAUGAUGUCAUGACGAUGACGACAAUGAUGUUGAUCAAAUAUUUGUGUUUCGUGAAGAGUGACAGUCGAUAUGUAUGCUGCAAAUCUGGUUCGGGUAUAUCGCAUCUGUUAUCUCCCCCAUGUUGCCUGCUCAUUCUCAGCUCCGACAGAUUCAGACCACUUCCUCUGAGAUGAAUUGUAUUGUUGUUAGGAAUGUAUUUGCCUAAAAGGAGUAACUACACAUCUGCAUAUUCACACCUUUUUUCAACCAGUCAUUUGCCAAAUAAAAUAGCUCUCCGAGGAUCUCUGGAGAUGAGUCUCACAAAAUGAAUGAAUGUUAUGAGACCAAACUGGUAUCAUACACAGUGUCUUGGACAGUGGAAUGUGCUGUUGCUCCCAUCUUGAUAUUUGAUAGCGUGAACCUAAAGUAUGUCUGUGUGGGCGACUAGGCAUCAUUAGCAUCUUUUCUCUUUAGAGGUUUAGGUAAAUAAUGGAUGCAAGAAGCUUUACAUACAGCACACUGAAGUAGUCUCUUUUUAACCUUCAGAAUACCACUGAUAUCUGCCUGCGUAGUCUGCUGCUUGUGUUUUUUUCCUCUUCAUAUUUUUCUCUGUGAAAGCUUUGCCGAAUAAAGGUUUGGGAGUUCUGUGACCAUGGCAUGCACCAUCUAUUACGUUUCUGUAAUAAAACACAAGGGGAAUUGUAAACUGCCAAAUAAAAGAACCAGUUAUCUACA